AAAGCGGUCGUUGAACCUUGCACGAAGAAUCAUCCUACUCCAUCAAAAUGAUGUCGGAUGAUAAUUCCGGAGUUGGUGAUUUUCUGGAAGAUGAAAGUUUUGCUGAAUCCUCCACUAACGUAUUGGUAUUUCCAUCAGAACCAACACUUAGGCAUUCAGCUACCACAGACACACUAGACUCUGUCAUCCUUGAAACAUCUCCAGCUGAUGAGGAAAUUCUAGAUGACAUCAAUAAUACACAGGCAGACAAAUCUGAUUCCAAAAAAGAUACAAGUUUGACCCUGGUUGAGUUUACACAAUCAGACAAUGAUGUAACACCACAAGGAGCAGAUUCAUCUUUACUGGGUACUUCUCCAUCAAUGGAUUUUUCUAAAGUUGAGGAAAAUCAAGAUAACCGUAAACGAAAUGUUGAGGAGGACAAAUUUAACCAAAGUCCUCUUCAUAUCAGUAGCUAUUUUAAAACAGAGACAGCAGUGGUUGUUGAAAGUGAUCCAUUUGGACAGAAUUUCUUUGAUAAUAUCAGCAAUACUCCUCAGGAGGAUAAAUCUAAAGCUGUUUCUCCAGACGGUGUCUUUGGUGAUGUGGAGGACCUCGGUAACGUUGGGGAAGUUUCACCCAGUGCAGUAUCACCUGUUGUUGAUGUGUCUGCUGCUUCGCGACCAGAUCCUAUCGAAAGUCGACUGUCACACGAGGAGCCAGAGAGCGUAGAUUUCCAGGUUGUACCAGAGGAUACGGAAACUAAUGUUAUGGAGGCCUCACUACAGGUAAUUGAUGACAAGGAAGAUUUUGAAUCCUUCACAGCAGAAGGGACUGGUGAUGGUGACCAGGACAUUUUGAGUGGUCUUAGUAUGUCCCCAUCAAACAAACUGAUGUCUGAGCGUAUGUCUCAGUUACACAUCACAGACACCAUUCCCAUAGAUACUGUCCCCGACAGUGGUCCGGUUAGCUACGACCGUCAGCUGUCUAACAAGUACCCAGACCUAGGGCUAUCCCCAGCACAUCAGCCGUUCCAGGGGACACCACUACCACCGAUGCAGUUGUCUGCCUUCCCCACUCCAGUACACCAGUCACACCAGUCAGUUACUCCAUUGGCCGAACCUACUAGCGACAGUUAUUUGGAAGUUCAGAUAGAGGACAAACUAAGUGAAACUGCAGGUUCGCCUCCCAAGUCUGGUGGUCUGGCAUCCGCUUUUCAGAUACUAGGUGACGGUAACGCUGCAGAUCCAUUCUCGACCAGUAUCCACAUGAGCGAGGCUGAUAGACAACAUGAUGCUUGGUUACCAUCAGACGCGACUCGACAUAUCCUUGUGACUGUAACUACAUCACCAGGGAGUUUCGUACCAACAGAAGAACAAAUCAGUACACCCAGUAUUGUCGUGAACGAAUCACAGGGUGACCCUGUACGAGACCUUGUCCAUCGCUACAUGGGAGAACAGGAGGCCAUUAAGAGACAGAUACUGACGGUCGACAGUGUAACCCAAAAUGUGGAUGGCUUGAAGAAACUCUUGGAGGGAGGAUGUUACAGAUCUGCUGUAGAACUGACGGGGAGACUUCUAACAGCUGCUGGUCAGGGGUCAGACAAUCAAGGGGACACAACUCCACCGACCCAACACACAUCACAUACACUACAGCUUUGGUUUUGUCGUCUGUCCCUGCUGAUGAAACUGAAAUUGUACAACAUCGUUGAGUCAGAACUGCAGGGGUUUCAGAACCUCGACACACCGGACCUCUACUAUGAGUUCUAUCCACAGAUUUAUCCGGGUCGUAAAGGUACCAUCGUAUCUUUUGGGAUGCGAUUGUUACAUGCUGAACUGCCUCACUACCUGGGACGAUCACAGGAAGCUUUGGAUAGACUCCAUUACAUACUAGCAGUCACACAAAAGAUUAUCAAGAACCUGGAUGAAGGUUUAUGUGAAGAUGGCAGUGCAGUAGAAAUUUCAGAAGAAAGUAGAAAAGUGUCUAGAGAGCUGUGGUAUUCACGUGAGAAGAAAGUCUUGUUUAUCAUAGGAAACACGUUUUUAGCUAUAAAGGAUUAUGAAGCUUCCAUGACAGUGUAUGAAGCACUACUUGUGAAGGACCCGCAGUCUAAGCCAUCUUUGCUGAGUGGUCUAGGACUUAUUUACCUACAGAUGGGGAAUGUUUCCAAGGCGACAGACUGUUUCAAACAAGCAGAAGUGUUGACUGACAUAACAGAUAAGAAACAGACGUGUAGAACUUACCUUAACAAGGGACUGGAGUCUAUGUGUACCAACAGUUUCUCCGACGCAUACCAAAAUUUCAAAACAGCAGUAGAACAUGAUCCAACGAAUGCCUCUGCUGUGAACAACAUGGCAGUGUGCUCCCUGUACCUGGGAAAGCUAAGGGACGCCCUGAAGACCCUGGAGGUCUUGGUACACGAGGACCCGAUACGGAACCUCCAUGAGGGAAUUCUGUUUAACCUGUGUACCCUGUAUGAACUGGAAUCAUCUCGUGCCCUUCACAAGAAACAAGCGUUACUAGACCUGGUCAGCAGGUACAAGGGUGACGGGUUCCCUGUGGCCUGUCUCAAAAUGGCUUGAAGAAGCCGGUGCAGAUACGAUUUUGUUUUUAGAGAAGUAGGAGGAAGACGCUAUUUAUGUCAAUCUUAAAAGAAAGUGAAAAGUGAAGCUUGGUUGGAUUUCGGGGUGUGUGCAACCCUGGGUCUGCCAAUCAACAUAUUAGGAGAAAACUAUCAAGUAUGACUGUGAUUUUUGUUCAUUGAUGAUGUUUUUGAAUUCAUUCCAUAAUGUGGACCAAGUGCUGAACUUUCCCAAUGUGCAAUAUUUGUGUCAGAAAUAUUUGUGUUGUAAGAGUAGUGUUUGUGUAUUAAAAUAUUUACAGAUCAAG